CUUAUUUUCUGCAAUCUGGUCGUAACUUGCCAGUAUCGCUGGAGCCUACACUGCGCUUAAGUCGUCGUAAUCAUGAGACGCAGUUGACAGACACCCACCUGGCUGGCCCACAAGACAGACACGCACUCAUAUACGAGAACUUCUAGGUCACCAGCGUACAGAAGGUGUUUGUUGGAUGAGGCGCAUGGCAUAUCGUAAACUAGGCGUCCAACAACGAGGCCUUGAGGCACAGUCUUCAUUGCCCGUUGGUGAUCGACAAGCGGUGUUGUCGUUAGAGUCGUCGAUAAUAUGUACUGUACUAGAAUCACCGAUGGUGGCGUUCUGUUCCAUGCACCGUUGGGCAGAGAUGCUGUUGGUCAGUAGGUGAAUAAUAAAUCCCCAAAGAGCCCUGCAUAUAUGUAAGUUACUUAUGCUGUAUUUCGUAUGAUUAUGAUUCAGAUUCAGGAACAACGUCGAUGCGUACAACCACGAUCGCCUGACCCACAAGCCUUUCGGAUGAUUGGCAUCGGCAUGGCAUGAAAGAGAUGAAGAGAAUAAAGAGCUGAUUCUCCGCACCCUCUACAAAGACUCACAACAACCAACAUAUUUAUGAAACCAGCAUCUAAUUUCUAAUUUAUUGGUGUGUCGGCUAAUUAUAAUCACUACUUUAUAGAGUACGCUACUCGAGGCUACUCUACUUCUACCGUUCAAAGACCCAUCUGGGGAACCUCCCGCACGGGAACUUCUGGUCACCGACCAACACGUCCCUCCAGGCUGUUGCGCCAUCACUAUUCCCAACCAUCAUCGCCCAUCCGAUAUAUAUGUUGUUCUUGGAUACUUCAUAAUCACCGAUGCCAGAACAUAUACCGCCCAGCCAUCUUUUUAGACCCUCGAUUCCACCGCCUUUGUCCGCGAAUUGCACGACUGCCGCUGCUUCUUUGGCGGGGUAGCCUUUCAUCAUGGGAGUUACCAGCAGCAAGCCGGAGGAUGGCGCUGCACUGUACCUGAGGGAUCAGUCUCGCUUCUCAAUCGCCUCUCUUACGGUGACGAACUCGAAACGGCGCGUCGUCGCCCAUAUCGUGCCAAAUGCAUACCCAGCGACAAAGGUCAGCGCGAGCCAUGACGCCAGCGAUCAGAGCAUCGUUGAAUAUGUUCAGGACCCGGACCCAUCGCCCACCUCCGGCGUGCCGAACUUCCUCUUGAAGAUAAACAACGACGAGGAGCUCACAUUCACAUACACACUUAUCAUACGCCAGUCACAACAGCCAUCAUCAUCCGGAAGUGGUUCUUCCCCUGAAGCCUUGGUCGAUACGGCGCUCAACGGACUCACAUAUGUGUCCGCAUCAACCGCCAAGGAGGUGGAGAACUUAGUCACGCUUGAGUUCCAUGCCGAUCCGAAUCUACACAAGAAUGCGAACGUACAGCUUGUUGGUGACUACGCGACUGGAGGGAGCCAGUCUGUUUCAUUCGACUGGACGUGGAAAUGGAGGCCGCCGAAGCCCACAGAGGACAGAGGAGGCGGCUGGAGGAACUGCUGUAGCUUCGUGGAAUACGACCAGCGAGCCCACCGGUUAAAUACACUGGCGACAUUUUCAUUCUGGGUCCAUAACGUCUACUAUGCUGCCAGCGACCCAAGCUCGCCUAAGCAGGCGUUUGCGCUGAAUGCGCCACCGAAACUCCGCGUCCCCUCAGCACAGUCUGUGGACUCGCGACAGAGCGUUCUCGAUUCAAAGGACUACGAAGACAUACCAUCUCCCAUACUGGCGCCGGCUGAUGGCCCGCCCCAGUCGUCUGGCUCAGGGAAGAUAGAAUUACCCAAAGUGGACGUUUUGUGUCAGCGGCCUGGGGAAGAUCUCAGCGCGACUGAAGAUGGACCGCUGUUUCGCGCGACCAUGAAGUCGUUAGAGCAGAAGACGGGGAAUAUGCGCGCUCGCAUGAAGAAGGUCAUUAAACGGGCAGAGGCGGCCCACAUGGCGCAAAUCGAAUGCAAUGAUGCCAUGUCCGGAUUUAUGGAAGCUCUCCGGGAAGCAUCCUCAUCGAACGCAAAUGCGGUGCAGCCAGCAUUAGAUCACUACUUCGAUAAAAUCGCGAAAGAGAUAUUGCUUUAUGAGAAACAGAACACUAAGAAUUUACAGAGGAUUAUUAUUGAUCCUCUGAGCAAGGUAUAUGAGCAAGAUAUUAAGAAGGCAGAGUCCAAGAAGCGAGACUUUGAGGAGGAGAGCAAAGAGUUUUAUUCGUAUGUUUCGAGGUAUCUCGGACAGCGUCAGGAUACUAUGAAAGACAAGAAGCGAGUAGAGAGUGAUACCAAGUAUCAGGCCAAACGACGAAAUUUCGAGCUCAAGAGGUUCGAUUAUUCUUCCUUCAUGCAGGACCUACACGGUGGCCGCAAAGAGCAAGAGGUUUUGUCGCAUCUGACAAAGUAUGCCGAUGGCCAAACCAAAAACUACCUCACAACCGCGAAAAAGGUGGAAGCAAUGCUUCCCCAGCUGGAGGCGCUCAGCACCGAAGUCAAGGAGGCCGAUAAGGAGUUCCAGUACAUGAGGACGGAGCGCGAGGAAAAGCGACGUAACCUUGAGAUGAGCACUGUUACCUACGUCGAGCCAGAGACUGUUCCACAGUUGGCGCGCCCACCGCAGUCAAGUAAUGGCGCCGCAGGUACGGCUCAGCUCUCAGAUUCGGAUAUCGGAAGAGCAGACAGCUCAGCCUCACGAUUACGGCCAGCUGUGAACAGCAAUACCAACCAACCCCUCUCGAUAUCCGUAACAAGUGCGCCAUCUGACGGAUCAAAACCAGCCACUACGCCUGCAAGUGCACCUCUGCCAAGCCCCAGAGAAUCCAGUAAAUUCAAGGGUAUCCGGGAUCUGGAGGAGAAGGAUUACAGCCUUAGCAGCUCCAACGAAAGAGUUGGCACGGAGAGGAAAGAGGGGCUUUUGUGGGCUUUGAGCAAACCCGGUAGUCAUGUUGAUCCGAAGGGACUCAACAAGCAAUCUUGGCACAAAUUUUGGAUCGUCCUUGACCAAGGAAAACUUUCAGAGUACAGUAACUGGAAGGAACAGCUCGACCUCCACAUGGACCCUAUCGACCUCCGCUUGGCAUCCGUUCGAGAGGCCAGGAAUGCCGAGAGGCGGUUCUGCUUCGAAGUAAUCACUCCCCAUUAUACCAGAGUAUACCAGUCUACAUCACAAGAAGACAUGACGAGCUGGAUAUCAGCCAUCAACAACGCACUUCAGAGCGCCAUGGAAGGCCGAGGCAUUCAAGACAUUGUCGUAGCUCCAAGAGCUCCACAGGAAGGAUCCUCUAUCAGGCGCGACAUCGGCUCCAUCCUAACGGGCAAGAGCGGUUCCCUGGGCCACGCCGCCCAUGCAGCCCACCAAUCCAUCAACUCCUCCGUCCUCAACAAAAACGACAUCUUCCGCCGCACCACCGUCGGCGCACGCCCCGCCUACCAACGCAAAACCAGCGCCGCCCUUGACGAGAGCCCCGACAAGCUGCUGCAAGUCCUCCGCGAAGCCGACCAAGGCAACUGCUGGUGUGCCGACUGCGGGUCAGGCGUCAAGACGGAAUGGGUCUCCAUCAACCUCGCCAUCAUCAUGUGCAUCGAGUGCAGCGGGAUCCACCGCUCCCUCGGCACGCACAUCUCAAAGGUCCGCUCCCUAACCCUCGACAUCACCUCCUUCACCGCCGACAUCGUCGAGCUCCUCCUCGCCGUCGGCAACCGCAUCUCCAACACGAUCUGGGAAGCACGUCUGGACGCCUCGCUCAAGCCCUCCCCACAAGCAACCCGCGACCAGCGCCUCAAAUUCAUAACAGCCAAGUACGUCGACCGCGCGUACGUCGCGCCGCUGUCGCCCACGCUCUCACGCUACGGUACGCCGGAUGAGACGCUCCUGGCCGCAAUCAAGAAGAACGAAAUCCAAUCCGUCCUUUACGCCCUCGCUCUCCGCGCUAACCCAAACGCAACCGACAAAUCCCGCGCCACGCACGCCGUCUUCCUCGCUCUCGCGGCCGCGGACCCGGCGUCUCCUUCUUCAUCGCUUCCGCCAGCGCCGCCGCGCACGGCGGACAAGCCGAAGAGCGUUGCAUUUCCAGUUGCAGAGCUGCUCGUGCAGAAUGGUGCCGAGGUACCUGCUGCCUUGCCGGCAUUCCCGCUUAGUAGGGCUGCGGCGCUGUAUGUGGAUGUUAAGCUUGGGAGGGGAGAGAAGCUGGGUGAUCGCAUUGCGCCGUUACCUGGUGUGGGGGCUGGGCCGACGGGAGCGAUUAGUAGUAGUCCUGCGGAGAAGGAGAGGGCGAGGGAGGCGAGGUUGCAGAAGCGUGUUAGUGCUGGGGGGCGGCUGGCGAGGGCUGUGAUACCGGAGAGGUGACGCGAGG